AUGGUGACCUUUAGGCAGCUGGAAAUCUUGUUUGGGUUCAACUAUGGAGAGGGUACCAAGUGGAACUUCAAGGAAAAGGAACUCCAAAGGGUUUGGGCUACAAUCGCUGAUGGAGUGUACUCUUCCUCAAGGUCCAAGGCAGCUCAGAUCAGGAGCCCAGUCUUGAGGUAUGUGCACAAGGCACUUGCCAACACCUUCUUUGCAAGGAAGGCGACCGGGACAAUCAACGAGGGGGAACUCAAGUUUCUUGACAUGGGAAUCAAGCCCAUUCUCUCACGCACAAGCGAUGGCAAGAGGAUCAGGGGAGAUAGAUCUGACACAGGAACUUGA